CUGGAAUAAAUGGUUUGUGCUGGGGCUCCGUCGAUAGAGACUAGGCUAUUCGCGUGCCGGUUUACUAGUAGUUCUCCGACAUGCAUAUCCCUCUUUUCUAGACGUGUAGAAAGCCCGUGCAUGAAGUGUGUCUUAGCAUGCGCUUGGCGGGGCUGAAACGAUGGCCGUGUCGUAGCUACCGGCCUAACUCUGAUCUAUAAGCCCUGGUUGAGUUCGAUCCAAGCCCUCUAAAUCCUGUCAAAACGCUUAACGUUGAAUGGGGUACACUUAGUUGUGAUUGCUACACUAUUGAAAAUCUCUGGACAUCCUCUUUUCCCAAGCACGCUUUUUGUGGUUUAAUCCCACUAUUCCAGAAUAAUCUCAUUUCCGUAACCUCAAACAUCAUCUGUUUCUACAAUGAGACACAAGAGAACGACAAGGGCUGGUACUAAAAUGGUGGAAACUCCGCAGUCGACAGCCUCUUCUUCCGUUUUGCAACAGGAGUCGCCCAACCCAGAACAUUUCGACCGCCUACCCCCACGGGUCAUCCCCAAUGCCACUCCAUCUACCCCUUCCCCCUACCAGGCCGCUUCUAAACCCUCCCUGGUACUUUCCGUGGCACAACUUUCGUCCAACAAUCAGGACGAAGGGGAUAUUAUCCGCCACAGACCAACUUCCGAUGCUGUAGCCCUUCAGAUACAACAGGAAAUCACCAAACAAGAGCAGCUACGGAAUGAGAACUUGAAGCUUUCCAUUGAGCUCGCCCAGCUAGCACAGUUGCUUAGGAUCAGCCCGGAAAUGAUUCCCUCUUUGUUUGCUGAGCACCACAAGAAACAGGGAGCAGCCCAGACGGCGAACGAGAACCGUGACCCCGAAGAACCUACCAAGGCAGCUACACUUAUAGACGUAGUUACUCGAACGUAUCCAGAUUCGAAUACCGCAUAUUUCCUCUUAUCCAUUGCCAACACCCCUAUUGACAUUAUCCCUAUUACCACUUACAUUCCCUUUGUCAUGUCCACUGAAAUUGUCUCUCCAGACGUGGCUGUCGCUACGAUUUCCUCAGACCUGAGCGCUAUUGGGUCAGCAGCUACCACCACCGACUCGCUUCUCGUGUCCAACAUCAAAUCCUUUGGUUCGGGUGCGUUCGGUGGGGUCUGUGCGCUCUUGACCGGGCACCCGUUCGACCUCGUCAAGGUACAGCUCCAGACGGGCCAACACCCUUCUGCCUCGGCGGCGGUGCGUGCGACGCUCGCAGCCAGCGGCCCGCUCGGGCUCUACCGCGGGGUGAUUCCGCCGCUUGUUGGGGUUACUCCUAUCUUUGCCGUCUCUUUCUGGGGGUACGAUGUGGGUAAGAACCUCGUGUCCUGGGCCACAAACAAGAAUGCAGGUGAGGCCCUUUCCACGGCCGAGAUUUCCGCGGCGGGUUUCUUUUCCGCCAUUCCAACCACCGGGUUGACUGCGCCGUUUGAACGUAUCAAGGUGGUUUUACAGACCUCCAAGACACAGACCCUGAUGUUCGGGGCUACGCGCGAGAUCUUGCGCGCGGGUGGGUUGCCUUCGCUCUUCAAGGGCUCUGUCGCGACACUCGCACGUGACGGUCCGGGGUCUGCGGUCUACUUUGCGACGUACGAGAUUCUCAAGAAGAAGUGGUCGCCUGAAAAUGGGGAUCUCUCGCUUGUGGCGGUUAUGGGUGCUGGUGGGUUCGCCGGUGUGGCCAUGUGGAUGACUAUCUACCCGUUCGACACGAUCAAGUCCAGACAGCAGGCGUCGCUGGUGAAGAUGUCGAUUUCGGAGGUGUCGCGCGGGAUUUACAAGACCUCGGGCAUCAAGGGCUUUUUCCCAGGUCUUGGCCCGGCGUUGUGCCGUUCGUUCCCGGCCAACGCCGCGUGUUUCUUAGGUGUUGAGGUGGCGAAGAGCGCCUUUAACAAGGUGUUGUAGAGACUGGUUUGAACAACCGGCGUUAGAAUUGCUGGAUAUUGGUAGAGACUGAAGGGCUGGGGUUUCCCGAUGCUUGGUGGAUGCUGCUUGGCCUGCUUUUAUAUUUCCCAAUUUGCUAUACAUUUUCGUGCUUGCUAAUCUUUGGUAAUGCCAGGCUGAGCUAAGUCCUCCGUUGCAGUGCUGCUAGAGUUAACAUAAUAUAUAAUUUAGGUCGAUUAGAAAUGGUCAAAUAAUAUUAGAGAUAUUCAAACGACGACGAGAAUGUCUCCCAACCGAACUCUAAGCGAUCUGGAAAUUUUUAACCAAUACCCUCAAACCUUUGAAUAUUAAAUUUAGUUUGAGCCAACCUUUAGCUAUCAAAAAAAAG